AUGGUUAAUCGUAGUAUUGGAAAACUCCGCAAGGGCACUGGUUCCACUGAUGGAACAUUCGAAGCAGUUAAUUGGAAGAGAAAAAGAACCUCUUACUCUUCAGACUCAGAAUCGGAACAGAAUGUUCAGAUGGUCAAGCGUGGCCCUGGGAGACCACGCAAGAACGACACUUCAAUUCAAGGAUCAUCCCAGGUGAAUUCCAAGAAAAGCAGAUCAUACAACUAUUCAGAAUCGGAAGAUGGCGUACAGGAGUCAAGACCCAGAAGAAAAUCUGCAAGGCACGUUAAUUACAAUGAAAGUGACUAUGAUUUUGAAGAUAGCCCCAUUAAGAAGAAAAAUAAAAGAAGAACCAUAGUUUCGGAAAACAAUGAUGCUUCAUCGUCGUUGUCAUCUUUGGAUAAGUCAUUUUCAGAACUCGAAUUAGACUUUGGCGAUUUGGCUGUCGAGGAAAAAUCGGACAUUGAGCUUGCAGAGGUGCCCGUUCGGAAGACAAUCCCAAAGCAGAAGGAAACCAGAAAUCACACAGAUGAGAAUGUAGAGAAGUGGUUCGAUCACAAAAGAGCUCGAAAUCCAGGAAUGGUGAAGAGCCGCCCCGAAAGAUGGACGAAGGAACAAAAAUCGAGAUUGAAGGAAGCUUUCGCUGCUAGCCGUAAACCAAAUGAAAAGACGAUUGCUGAUUUGGUUGCAGAACUUGAAUUGACCACAGUACAAGUGAAACAAUAUUUCGCAAAACAAAGACACGAAAAUCCGAUUCCUGGGGAAAUUCCACGUGUUCUAUCUAAAGAAGAAGCUGAACCGACUUUAAUGGAAUACUUCCAACGAGACCCAAAUUUUCAUGAUUACGGAAAUACGGAAUUGAGAGAGCAGACCGGAUGGUCAAGACGUAGAUUGGCAGAGUAUUUGAUGGAACGGUCUUUUGUGCUCAAAAUGCUUGAGAAUCACCGGGACAGAGAAGUUCAUGUAGAGCAAGAGGAAGUUGUUUUGGAUUACCAGAUAAAUGAGAACCGAAGCGCCGAAUCAGAUGUUCAGCAAGCAAAGGAUGAGAGGGGGAACGAAAAUGGCGGGAAUGGAAUCGAUACUUCAGACGAGGCUCCAAUAGAUCAAGAACUUUAUGGCCAAAUAGACCUACCAGUACCUGAGAAUCCUGUGCCAGAAUUCAAGAACAUACCACUCUUUAACAAUCCCAGAGAAAAGGAUCAGAAGCCAACGGGAGUAAAUCACAUCCAAAAUGCAUUUAAUGACUUCCAAGACGAGACCAAAAAUGUCCCACUAUUUGUCCCUGCCCCAGGAUAUAGAGAUCAAAGCCAAGAACCGCGUGAAGAAGUUGAAGAAAAGUUUAUUAUUUAA